AUGGAUCCUCCUCCACCUCCGGCUUCGACCGACGCCACUGGCGUACAACAUAUCCGCCUCGCUUGUCAGGCAUGUCAACGUAAAAAGAUCAAAUGCGAUAGAACCUUCCCAUGUGGGCAAUGUCAGCGGUCCAACCUCCAGUGUGCCCAGAGCACUCGCAAGCCUCGAGUCAAACGCGUUGGAAAACGUGCUGUCGACUCGGAGCUGCGCAGCCGCAUAACGAAACUUGAGAGCCUUGUCGAGAGUCUCAGUGGCGAAGUCGGGCUGCAAGAAGAAGAAGAUGUUCCUCAAGCUGUUUCCCCGGACAAACCGGAAACACCAAGGGAGCAGCAUGAUACACCGUCGCCGAGUGUUGGAAAGUACAUGGGGAGCCCGUUCUGGGCGACGCUCGUUAACGAAGUUCAAGCGUUGCGAGACGCACUGGAAGAAGAUCCAUCAGAUGCGGAGCCGGCUAUAGUCCAUCCAGUCCCUGCUUCGACAAGUACACAUGAAGGAUCAAUAGAACACGAUCUGUUAAUCUGUCCGCCGGCCUCGAUAAGCGUUAUGCCUGGCGCUUUACUAGACCCGCCGCCUGCAGUACUGAAGCAACUCGACGAAAUAUUCUUGAAGAACGUGGACCCUGUCUUCAAAGUACUACACAGACCCACAGUCGAACGUCUCCUCCAGGGGGAUAGCUAUUUCGGCCAGGCGCCAGAUGCUCCUCCGAACAGGGCUCUAAGGGCUACGAUGUGGUUUGCGGCAGUGACAACGAUCAGUGACGCCGAAUGCUUUGCUCGUUUCCGCCAGUCACGUAACGAGCUGCUGCACUUGUACAGGAGGCACGUCGAUGUGGCAAUGGCACAGGCCGACUUGAUAAACACAAGUGACCUCGCAACGCUGCAGGCAUUCGUGCUCUACACAGCAUCCGCCAGGAUAACGGAUCGCAGCAGGAGAGCAUGGACCAUGACAGGACUGGUGGUACGCAUUGCACACGGAAUGGGACUUCAUCGCGAGAUUGGGACCGAUUCUCCAUACAUGAAAGAGAUCAAGCGAAGACUAUGGCACCAGAUCCGUGUGCUCGACGCCUUCUCCGCAGUUGAUCGUGGAACAGAGCUCCUGGUACAGAUGUCGACAUCCGACACGCCUUUACCGAGUAACGUGAAUGACUCCGAGUUCAACGAGUCGACCGAAAUAAUAACGAAUCGAGAAGAAGGUCUGAGCGAUAUGACCUUCAACCUGAUGGCACACUGGGCGACGACUUUGACUAUGAAACUAUUAACGCCAGAAGAAAGCGGAUCCAAAGGACAAACGUGGCAACAACGACUAGACUCGUCGCUGAGUCUCGGCAAACAGCUACGAGAGAAGUACUUGCAAUACUGCGACCUCUCGAUCCCGUUCCAUAGGUUCCUCUACACGGUCGGCAACUCCAUGGCGGCGUCGAGCGUACUACGAGCUGUACGGCCAAUGCAGAAGCACGUCUCCAGUGUCCCUCCGCGCGUCGAUUCGCCUUUUGUCCUGCAGCUGGCCGUGAACAGUUUGAAAGAGAGUGAAUCGACGCAUGUAGAUCCCGAGACGGAAGGAUGGCGAUGGAUCUUCUGGGUGCAAUGGCAUGCCCUUGCUGUAGCUCUCGCAGGCCUCUGCUCCAUCCGAGACAAUGAGCUAGCAAGCACGGCGUGGCAAUAUGUCGACAAAGCCUACGAGCGCCACGCCCGCCAUGUGGCAGACAGUCGCAGCGGCAUGCUCUGGAAACCCAUCGAGAAGCUGUACAAGAAAGCCUCAGCUUUCCGAGACGGGGCGACAGCGACGACGGCAACGACAACGACAACGACCUCCCCGCGGCAUAGCAUGAGCAUAAGCGCCCUCACCAUCCCACAAGAGAACAUGGAGAACCUAUCCAUCAACAUGCCCUCAUCUACAAGCACAGCACCGACCUACCCCGUCAGCUCAACCCAAGCCCAACUCCCCGUCGGCGCCAUGCCCCUCUCAGGCGUCCUGAACGCAUCGAUGGAUUUCCCGUGGUCGGAGGGAUACACCGGCACGUCACCGCUGCAGAUGGGCGAUAUGAGCUGGAUGGACUGGGAGCGGAUCAUGGAGGAUAUCUCCGGGUUGCAGAACUCGGAUUCUGCGUUUAGCGGUCCGAAUGUUACGAUGGGGGAUGUGCAGGCGAUGAAUAUGGGGGGUGAGUGGCCGUAUUCGAUGCAGGGGAGUCGGUUUUGA